ACGGCCUCCCCGGACCCGCUGGGUGGCGGAAGUUGGUGAGCGCGAGUGGUGGUGGCCGCGAGGGAGCUCGGCUCUGACGAGGCGCUGCGCUCUUUCUCUUUCUUUACAGUUGUCAAGUGGACUGCAAGAGCGUAGGAGCUUCGGCCGCCGGCUGUGGAAGCCUACCGGGUGCAAAAUGGCGUGUGGCGGCUUUACGUGCUCGAAAAACGCCCUUUGUUCCCUGAACGUGGUUUACAUGCUAGUGGGGCUGCUGCUGAUUGGGGUAGCAGCCUGGGCCAAAGGCUUCGGCAUUGUCUUCAGCAUCCACAUCAUCGGCGGGGUGAUCGCUGUGGGUGUUUUCCUGCUGCUCAUCGCCAUCGUUGGCCUCAUCGGAGCCCUCAAUCAUCACCAAGUCAUACUCUUCUUUUAUAUGGUCAUUCUCCUCUUAGUAUUCCUUUUCCAGUUUGGAGUAUCCUGUUCUUGCUUGGCGAUGAACCGUUCACAACAAGUGGCGCUCCUGAAUGCCACCUGGAAAAUGUUACAGAACGAAACAAAGGUUGAGCUGGAGAAGAAUCUGAACUGCUGCGGACUGCUGAACAUCACAGCCGAGUAUCAGCACUUUACCUGCCAGGCUCAAUGUCGGAACUAUGUCUGCCAGACAUGCGGAGAGAAAAUGCUUCAGCACUCAGCAGAAGCUCUCAAGAUUCUGGGCGGGGUUGGGCUGUUCUUCAGUUUCACAGAGAUCUUGGGUGUGUGGCUUGCUGCUCGAUACAGGAACCAGAAGGACCCCAGGGCCAACCCCAGUGCUUUUCUAUAGGGCUACCGAUGGAAAUGCCGAGGGAUGCACACACAUACAUACACACACGGACAUGGAGCACAGCACAGACAUGUACACCCACACCACAUGUGCCAUGUAAACACACAAGUACUCGCUCUACAAUCCUUUCGCAUUUUCUACUGAGCCUUUUAUCAUAUAUGCACAGAAACACAUACACGAACACAAGAAAUAUUAUUGUUGACAAGCAGAGACUACAAAAAAGCAUGUGGACACAAGCAUUCGUAAUCCAUACAGUAUUUUCUGGUGUUUGUACAGUAGUUCCUGAGGACCUUGGUUCCCUGUUUAUAAUUUUUUUACUUUCUUUGGUCCUGCCUGACCUCCUCAAACUUUUGUUCCCGCCAGACAUAAUUACCUUGUUCUGCCUUUUCCUUAACUGAGUGAUCACCUGGUAUAGUCUGCCUUUCUCAAGUCCUUGACCACAUACGCAGCCUCCCCAGUGUUUGGCCAAGAUGUCAAUCUGUGAACUUGCCAUGUCUCUUGGCCCCCUCCCACGGUCUCCCAGGGGAUAGAUACAGCUGAAACACCACAUUCUCCAUUUUAGCCACACAGUGGGAUCCUGGCAGUGUGAUGUCAGUGUUCUUGGCCAGGGGAACAUCUGCUCCGAACCUCAGAGUGGCUAACCUUUUCUCCAACCUGCUCCCCUUUUAAGCCAGUUUUGGACAUUACUAGGAGAAAGUCAUGCCUUGAUGUCAGUAUACAUGCCUUUUUAGUGUAGUGUAUUAUGAUGAGUGUGCCACUUAGAUAAUGAAGUUCAUAUGGUAUGUGCUAGUUUAUUUGUGUUUUUUUGCGUAAAAGUAGAGUAGAGCUUUAAAUUCUAAGGGACAGCAGUAGCCAAUGUCAUAUCUGAGAUAUGGCUAACCUGGAUGAUGGUGGAGACAGAAAAAAUGUAAGCCAACCUCUGUGAAUGGUAGCCAUACAGGAAGCAUCUCAUGUCAGCUGUAAUAUCCACGUGACAGGCAUUGAGGCCAGAUCGUCUCGACAGUUUCAGUUUUUGUUCCGCCACCUCUGUGGACGUGUUCCCGAAAAAAUAUUCAGGGUCUCUGACCUUUUGUGCCGAAGCAGAAGAGAUCCCUCUAGUGGGUGCAGGACAGACUACAUUAUUAGAUUCCUGCAUUGCAGAGGUCUCUUCACCUUAGCCAAGUCUAAUAAUCAUGAACCAUGUGAAAACCCUGCUCACUAUAUCUCAGCCAUAACAUGAAACUCCUCGCUAAAUUAUAUGCAUAAAAAUGCCCUUGAUUAUAAAAAUUAUAUUCUGCACCUUAGUUUAUGAUUUUUAUAAAUAUUCUAAUGGUGUCAUUCGCACAAUACUAUGUAGGUGAGAUGGUGAAAUGGGAUAAUUACAGCUAGAGGCACAUUAUUGCAUCACCAUGUCAAUAAAUCGAUCAGCUAGUUAUCUGUUAUGUCCCUGCAAAUGAACCGCAUGGUGUAUGUGGUACGUAUGACUUACUGGAAAUCUAUGAGAAAACGGUUCCAGUCGCCGGCAUGUGGCAGGAGGGAUUCCGGAUCCAUAUGAGAUAGGGUCAGUGCUCCACUGUGCCUGGAUUCCGGGGGUUUCUCUGCAGCAUUUGCUGACAUCGAUUUACAUGUAAAUGAAGUGCUUGCGAUUAUUUUUAAACAAAUCCAGUUCAUAUGCAUGUUUUGAUUGUUUUUAUAUGGAGUUAAACCAGAACGAGAACUCAUCUCAAGUAUAAGUCUUGACGGUUGAUUAGAAUGUUAUAUCUAGAGAAAAGACAAACCCAUUUCAGAAGACGGGCCAGUGGCAGUAUGGGCUUCUGCUCUGGCUUAAACGUGCAGAGCUGAGACACCUACUUGUCACUGUAGGAUUCUUUCCGAGCUGUUUUUUCGCCAAAUUAUCUGCUCCAGUGUCAAAUUUUGGAUUUAUUAUUUUUCCUUUUUUUACACAUUUUAAGUAUUACUUUAUUCUCUUUCCUUUUGCUUCCUGAAGAAAUGAUUUGCCGAGCUGGGAAUUUAGUUCCAUGCAGUUUACUGUAUGCUGACACUAAACCUCAGCGUCAAGGAGCAUCACCACACAUGAUCUGUAUUUUUGAUUGUUAACUGUAGGUACUAUGAUGUUACUCAGAUGUAAAUUUUUCUUAAUAUUGAAAUAAAACUGCAAAACCUUUAAAUAA